AAUCCUCUUAAAAAGUUUCACACUCAGACUCAAAAGCAAACAAGUAACAACAUAACACGCAGCAAAUCAAACAAUGAAAUACCAAGAAGAAGAAGAAGAAGAAGAAGAAAGGCUCAUUACAACUACAGCUAAAGUGAUCGAGUACUUAGAGCCAUUGAUGUCUCGAGAUCUCCUGUGCAAGUUCCCCGACAACUCGGCUUUCGACUUUGACUACUCACAGAGCUCACUCUGGUCUCCUUUGGUCCCUCGUCCGUACAGACCCAUGGGCCUUGACUUGGUGACUCCAUUAAAGUUCUCGUAUGAUGAUUUCGGAGGUGGGUUUGAGUUGGAGAAGAAGAUGCGGAAUCACAGCGCCCAGAAAAUUGGUUUUGGUACCUUUUUCAAGAAGAAACUCAACAUUAAUGUCGAUCUUUUGAAGCAGACAAUGAAGAAGAAGAAGAAGAAAAUGGUGAAUGUUAUGGCCUCUGAAUUCUCUCCCGCUUCUGUUAAAGGCUCUUGUGUUCCCAUCAGCUCUAAGAAAUGGAGUAAGAUGCUGAAAGCUGCAUCGAAACAUUUUAAGAAGACGAAGACGAAGAAGAAGAGGGAUCCUGCAGUUCAUGUCAAAAUUUCCAGCUGUUUAAGAGAUUGAAACCAUUUCUCAAAUUUCUUGCAGUUAAAUUGUAUUUGUUUGGUGGAUUUAUUGUAUUCUUUGUUCAUUCCCUGAAAAUAUGGAAGAAUUUUCAGAAUAUUUUUUGCAAAAUUAAAAAUUGAUGACAAAUCAUC